GUCUGGAUGACUGCCUCCAGCAGUAUGUGAAGAGUUUUGAGCGGGAGCAGAUCGGGGGAGAGCAGCUGCUGCACAUCACCCAUCAGGAGCUGGAGGAGCUUGGGGUCACCAGAAUAGGUCACCAGGAGCUCAUCUUGGAAGCUGUGGACCUCCUCUGUGCUCUGGUCUCCCUUUGCCAGCGUGACAGAGUAUUCAUUACUGAAGAACAACAUUGUGCAGCUCUGCUUAGAGCUGACCACCAUCGUCCAACAGGACUGCACAGUGUACGAGACGGAGAAUAAGAUUCUUCACGUGUGUAAGACCUUAGCAGGCAUCUGCGACCACAUCAUUUCCCUGUCAUCGGACUCCCUGGUCUCUCAAUCAGCCCAUCUGGAGGUGGUCCACCUUACCAGCAUCAUGCCCAGUGAAGGACUGGGGAUGUAUAUCAAAUCUACCUAUGAUGGACUUCAUGUUAUCACAGGAACCACAGAGAAUUCUCCAGCAGAUCAGUGUAAGAAGAUCCAUGCUGGAGAUGAAGUGAUCCAAGUCAACCACCAGACAGUGCCAAUUCCCACCAGUCCCACCAGCACGUCCCCCACACCAGGUGGAACUCUGGGCAUGUCCAAAAUGGAUGCUCCAAGCAUGCAGGACGUCUACAUCCUGUCUCCUGUUUCUGGUCUCUACAGCCCCAGGGAAGAGAUGGGCCUGAUGUCAUGUGACGACAUCAGCCGCUACAGCGUGAGCUCCCAGUCCGGCUCCAAAGGAUCGGAGGCCGUCAGCUACUACCUGGACCAGGACAGUGGUCAGUACUUCUCCCUGCUAGAAGGAGAUGGACCGGUUGGGCCUGACUAUGACCGCGGUCGCAAUACAGGAGUGCGACGACGGGACAAGACCCCAACGCAUGGUGAUCUCAGACCCGUUUCCAUGCCUCCUGAAUAUAACUGGAUGGCUGAGGCCAAGGAACCCAGCAUGGGAAAGAGAGGGAGCCGAGAUUCGGACAACUCCCUGCUCCGUUACCUCAGUGACGACAAGAUUCUGGUGAUCGAGGAGGAGCCGGAGGGUUUGAGCAGAGAAAGUCGGCGCGAUUCCACCAGACGCUCUCGACGCAAGAGCCGCAAUCCCAGCAGCCCCAGCUUUCCCAUCAGCCCUUCCAUGCUGUCGUCCACCCUGCGUCUUGACCAGCCACCUGAACCUCUCCCCCGAAGUGUGGACACUUUGCGAGCAGACACAACAGACAGGUUCUCGGGCACAGGGAGUUCAGGAGCUGCUUCCAUGAGAAAGUCUUUCCAUUACACAUCUCUAAGAGCAAAAACCAAAAAGAGAAGUAAAGGUUCCCUAACCAGUGCCAGUCGGAGGAGAAUCUCCUGUAAGGACCUGGGUCACGGUGACUGUGAGGGCUGGCUGUGGAAGAAGAAAGAUGCUAAAGGCUAUUUCACCCAAAAAUGGAGGAAGUACUGGUUCAUCCUCAAAGAAUCCUGCCUCUACUGGUACACCAACCAAAAUGAUGAGAAGGCUGAGGGCUUCAUCAGCCUCCCCGAGUUCAGAAUAGACCGCGCCAUAGAGUGCAGGCGGAAAUUUGCCUUCAAAGCAUGUCAUCCCAAAAUCAAGAGCUUCUUCUUCGCCACAGAUUGUCUCGAGGAAAUGAACAGGUGGAUGAACCGACUGGGUUUAGCUGCCAUCGGCUACACUCCAGAUGAUAAGGUGCCACGCCCCGAUGAAGACUACUGGAGUGAGAGUGAUCAAGAUGAGGUCGAUGGAUCAAUGACACUUAAGCAGGAAGGACCUUCAUCUCUCUGUGAUACUUACCAUCGCACACCUUCGAUGGUGUCUUCCACCUCCCCUCUCCCUCUCCAGGUGAACUCUUCCAGUCCUUUCCCGGAGUCCAAACACGGCCGACAUUUCUCGAGCGAGUCCACGCACUCCCAUUCGUCAGCAGAGGACCAACGUGGGGACGGCAUGGGCAUGGGGACAGGCAGCACCAGCACGCACUCGUCGGGCUGCCGAUCCUCUCAUCGCGAGCGCCGCUCCUGGCAGGACCUCAUUGAGACCCCGCUGACCAGCGCCGGGCUGCACUUCCUCCAGACAGCGCCGGGCGACAGCGACUACGGUAGCCCAAUGGGCGGCAUGGCUGGAGAGAUGGGGUUUUACGGAGGGCUGGGUAGGCAGGGGAUAUCCCCAGAAAGACGCUGGCAAGCUACGCUGCCCGUACGGAGACACCACGCGGCAGAGAGGGACAGGGAGCGGGACGGGCCCUUUCCCCUGGAGCGAGGCCCGUACACACACAGCCACACACACCGACGCUCCCACAAGCAGCGCAGCCAGAGUCUACCCAGAAACAGGGACCCAAUGCCUGGAAAGUUCAUCCAUGCUUCGGCUCAUAUGGAGGAGAGGAGUGAAGACGAGGAGGCAGAGGGACAGGCAGAUUUACUUGAGGCAGAAGAUGACCUGCGGGACUUUAGAGUCGACUGCAGAGAGAGGAGGGUSUCAGAAGGACGGGAGCGGCGAGUGUCAGAGGGACGCGAGCCCGAGCCGCUAGAGGGGUUAGAGCAGCUUUACCGGGCCCUCGAGCAAGCCAACGUGACGCCUCUAGGAGACCCCAAACCCUGCAGCAGGCAGGAGCUUCGACGUUGUUUCACCCAGCGAGUCAGAGACCCCCUGCUCAACGAUCGGCUGCACCGAGUCCGAGCCCUCCGCAGCACUUUGAAGGCCAAAGAGUCGGAGCUGGCGGUGAUCUGCGCCCUCCUGGAGGACCCCGGCCUGUGCUCUCAGACCUUCAGAGAGUGGAAACUGUGGCACACCGAGCUCUACUCAGACAUCUGCCAGCUCAGCCCCGGCACCAACGGCCAGGAUGACCUCUCCCCGCUGGCUGCGCCGCUUAUGACCCACACACACUCCUUCAUUGAGACGCACGUGUGAAGAAACUUAUAAAAACAACAACAAGCUGAGCUGAUACACACACAGUCGCUCAGUCUCACACCGACACAGAGCUUUACAUUCUCCUGAUCACGACUCGGAGCACGCACCCACUCACACAGGAACAUUGUAAGAUGUGUAAAUAUCAUAGAGGGAAACGGUAUGAGACCUGCGUGUAUGAACUUUUGAUAAUCCCAAGGACCCCACAGGGUGCCUGUUGCAUGCCUGAACAGAACGCAUUAAUCUUCCUUUGUUUAUGGAACUGGCCAAAUGCUUGUCAAGCAAAACAGGAAAAAAAGAAAGGAGACUUAAUAUUGUUUCUUUGUGUUCUCUACAUUUAGCUACUUUUUUGAUUGUUGUUUUAUGUUUUGGUUGAUUUUUAAGGGAGCAGGGGGAGCUAUGUAGCAGCAAUACAGAAGAAAAUCCUUUUCACCACAGCACUGUACUUUUUUACUGAUGAACUUUGCACCCAGAGCCACCAGUUCUCCCCCUUUCUCUUCGCUUUUGUUUUAUUUAAUGUUUUUUUUUUUCGUCUUCUUCUGACCACAUCUGUCAUUGAUUUUACUUACAGGGACCUCACUGUUAAUUCGGGCCAAUCUCAGACAGGGACACGUGAGGGAGGYGUAAGACUGACGGGUUAGCUAUCAGUGCUGGUGUUUUCACCAUUUCUCUGGGAAUCCAUGAAAUCUAAGCAUGGAGCAGCAGCACACGCUCUUUUAAACUGUGAAGUGUUUCAGAAACGCCCUUUGAACUGCAGAAGGAGGCUCCUCUGUCUGCACCCUCUUUUUCUGUCAACCCCUCUCUUUACCUCCUUUCUGUUUCUUUUUAUUUUUUUUAAUCUAAGCUCUCAUAGACUUGUGUAUAUGUGUAUACUGCUGUGUAUACUAAUGUAAAUGUUUGCGUUCCACUUCCACUGUGAUACGCUUUUAGAGGUAGCGGAGGGGAAGAGACGGCGCGUUUGUAUUUGGGGGAAAGAUUUUAUUUACUUCUUUUUUUCACUUUUUAAUUUUAACAGCGAAUGCAAGACAUAAAGAGUUCCUUCCAAACCAGUCACUCACUACAAAGAAUGCACUUUCUAUUUCUCUAUCUCAUCGGCUGCAUCACAGGGUCUGUCUYAUCAGCCCUCCUUCCCCAUCACUGUUCAGAUAUCAGGUAAAUGCAUCCGCCACCCCAUUUUCUAAAAAUUUGUGUACAGUCUACAGAUAUAUUUAAACAUAGGAGAAUAUAUAAAUCUAUUUACGUUUUGUGUCAUAGGUAUAAUGUAAAGUAUGAUGUAUUCWAUGCCAAGGUUUUGCAGUGUCUCCCUCUUCACUCUGUAGACGCAGGGUGCUCAGCAGCUGAACAACCGGGAAGCAAACAACCACCACCACUGACAGCUGAGCGACAGUUUUUACCGGUUUAAGCCUCCUGCYGUCGUGUUGCAGGAGGAAAGGUCUCGGACCGGUUUUCUUAAAGGACAGGGUUUUCAAAUACUGUGGAUCCUUUUUUUUUUAGUUCGCCUCUUCACAUUUUUGCAGGAUUUGUAGCGCRUGAUACAUGCAAAUAUUCUCACAAAGGUCUUCUCUCUCUCUCUCUUUUUUUUUCUUGUUAGAUAAUGUUAGAAGACACACACUGUACAACAACUGAGGGGGGCAACGUUUGCUCCUCGGUUUUAUUGAAAUAAUGCAGAUCUUUUCUUUAGCAUCCACGCAAAAGGAUUCAGUUCGUUGCUCUGGUUUAUUAAACCUGACACAGUCUUGGUGAAAAAAAGUGAACCUUCUUUCUAUUCUAAGGUUUUUACGUAACAGGACAUAAUGAGAAAKGAUCAGAUUUUUUACCAGGUUCUAAAAUUAUUCAAAUCUUAUGUCUAGUUUUCAAAAACCCUCAUCAGAUUCCAACCUUUCUUUAUUAAAAGAAAAAUGAAAUCAAAAUGGAAACGCUUGAACAGCUUGUAAGACCAUCUUUAGCAGUAAUAACUUGCAGUAGUUGUUUUCUGGAUUUCAUCAGUCUCUUACAUCRUGGAGGAAUUCUGUCCACUCUUCUUUCUGACGUUGCUUCAGUUCCUUGAGGUUUGCAGACGUUUGUUUCUGAGCAGUUCCCUUAAGCUCCCUUGACAGUAUUUUUAUCAGGUUGAGGUCUGGACCAUUAAAAGGGUAGAGUGCCUCCUCUGGGUCUGGGAASAGGUCCUGCCCUAAGUGGAGGAGUUUAAGUAUCUCKGGGUCUUGUUCACGAAUGAGGGAAGAAUGGAGCGGGAGAUUGACAGGUGGGUUUGUGUUGCGUCUGCAGUGAUGUGGACGCUGUAACCGUCUGUCGUGGUGGCCGGUCUACGUUCCUACCCUCAGCUUUGGGUAGUGACCAAAAGAACGAGAUCGUGAAUACAAGCGGCCAAAAUGAGUUU